CCGGAUUUUAAGAGUAUUAAGGCAGUGCUAACUGUGGUGCAUGGUUUUGGGAUAAGGAAUCACACACCCCUUUCUCCUCUUUUUUUUAUAUAUUAUAUCCCUCUUUACUGCUCUGUCUAACUUUCACACGAUUCACUCCUCAUUGUCCCUUAUAUUCUUUCUUUUUCUUUUCUUCCAACUCUAAUACUUAUUAAACGGUUCUUUUUUGACCUUCUAUUACCACUAUCACUACUACUAUUUUUUUUGUCUGUUAUUAUGAAACAAUGAAGUCUUGUCUUUCAUUCGACUUUCUCACGCCCAAUCUCGAUCAACAACAUACAGCACGACUUUGGAUACAAGCCGUCCUGCAAGUCCAGUUACCCGAUUCCGACGAUUUAUAUACAAGUCUUAGAGAUGGUGUAUUUUUGUGCAAGUUAGUGCUCGACUACGCCCCUUCUUUUUUGUUUUUUUUUUGCUCUACUAAAAAGAGAGUGUGUGUGCGAGGUCAUCGUUUGGAUUAAACGAAUGGAGUUGUUGUUGGAAGGAACAGGGUGGAACAAUAUCAUUUUGACACGGAUUUCCGCGCGGGUGGGUUUGGUUUGGUUUCGGGGUGAUACACACAAACGCCCGGAAAAUAGGCGAAUAACUCAUCGACCAAACAAACUUUUUUUGCUUUUGCAUGAAUUUCCUUUAUCA